AUUUUCCUCUUUGUCUUUCCAUUUUUAUUAAGGGAGGGACGUAUCCCGGUCCACCUUAACUCCAAGCCCCGCCUUCUGGCCAGGAGCAUGCGUAGCAAUGAUUGGUGGAGGAAUAAUGGCUGAAAUUGAUUGCAGACACCAGUAUGCAAACUUGUUGCUGGCUUUCCGGGGGAUGAGAUCAGGCUGUGUUCCUCUAACCAGCAGUAGUGAUCGAGACAGAGAGAGAGAGACGCACAGACAGACAGAGAGAGAGAGAGAGAAAGAGUGAAAACAGACAGUGCUCACUUACAUGUGUUGGAUCAACAUUUUUACAAGGGAACGCGAAUUGCAACUACAAUAUUCCAGUCAGGAUUUGUUUGCUCCGGGGAUUUCAAGUCACUGGAUGUCUGCAAGUUUGGAGCCACUGUGAGCGGGCAGUGAGUGCACUGUCCUAGCGCGUUCUGCCCGAUCUCAUCCCGCCGCCUUCUCUGGACUAAUCGCCGGACAACAGAGAGAGAGGGAGAGAAAAACUCAACCCCCUAUUUUUUCCCGAAUAGAACGGAGCUGGGAGGUUUCAUCCCUCUUGUCAAAAUCAAGGACAGAAAGAGGAGAUUCAGAAUAAAUAAUAAAAUCCAAGAAUUAUUUUUAAAAAGAAGAGAAAGAACAACAAAAUGCUUAAACGAAGGCUGAAGUGACAUUAUUGAGAUAAAGCAAUCACAAUGUGAUCCCGAAGCAGGGUGAGUUCUCUGCAAACCUUUCUCAUUGUGUUUGAGACAUUUUUAAAAUAAUAUUUGGACCUUGGAUACUGAAGCGACCGGAAUCUUUAUUUCCCCACAAUUUACUUUUUAUGGUUUUAUUUUGAUUUGGGCUAUUUUAAUUCCAUUAAUUAUUGUAUUUUUGUUACUGUGUUUGAGACUGUGAAGAUAGCUCCGGGGGCUCGGCUGUCAUGCCGUAUUGAUCGGGGCUUUGGGAAGUAUGUUCGGGCUGAAUCAGUUCAGCAGAAGCGGUGGCCAAGGAGCGGAGAGAAACUUCGGCCAAGCUGCCUUGGAUAUGUCGGGGCAUUACAAGGGCCCGGGUUUCCCCGGCGGGGGUGGCAGUGCCAUGGGAGAGCAGGGGAUCAACGCCCUGAGCGAGCCCCCGAUGCUGGGGAUGGGCAUGAACCCGGCUUUGGGCGGUGAGCAGUACGCCUUCCACACCCGGGGCCACUCGGAGCUGCACGGGGCCGGGGCCAUGCCCCAGCCGCCGCCUCCCCCCCAGCCGCAGCCUCCUCCACCUCCUCCUCCCCCCCAGCCCCAGGCUCAACCCCAGCCCUCGGCAGCCCACGCCUACUUCCCCAACGGGCACCACCAUCACCACCCGCACGCCCACCACCACUUCAGCGGUAGCUUCUGCGGAUCUGAACCCGGUCCUUCCUGCCUCCACGGGGGGCGGCUCCUGGGGGCGCCCGGCUACAGCAGUAACCCCUUGAGCGGACAGCAGCCUGCCUUCGGAGAAACUUACGACCCCAUGGCCGAGAACCAAGGUAGCGGGGGAGGCGAGGCGUUUGGACAACAGCAACAACAGCAGCAGCAGCAGCAGCCCGCCCCGGGGAGAUCAGGGAACCUGACGGACUACCACCAGCACCAUACCCCGUCAUCUAAUCACACGCCUUGUCUACCUCUGGACCAGUCCCCCAACCGCGCUGCCUCUUUCCAUGGGCUUCCAACCUCUUCCUCAUCCGAGGCACACGGACUGGAGCAGAGGCGCCUGCAGACCCAGCCGCCUGUGGACUCGAUGGAAUACAACUACCCGAGCGACCCUCCCUUUGACAUGCCGGUCUUUUCCUCCUCGGAGUCCGGCGCACAACUCCCUCACUACGGCGGCCCCGGCAGGCAGGUGCCCAGCAGUAACUUUCCCGGCAGCCCCGCCUUGCCCAGGGCGCCGGGCAUGGUGAGCGUGGGGAAAGUCCACCCUCCACAGCAGCAUGGUGCGUUUUACGAGAGGUUUGGGAAUGCUCGGAAGAUGUCUGUGGGCAUGGAGCCCGGGGUCGCUGCCAGGAAUCCUCUAAUGCAGCAACAGGCGGGUCUGCUUGCACGGCAGAACUCUUGCCCCCCAGCGAUACCUAGGCAACAGCAAGCGGAGGCCAGCGCUCCUAACUCCAGCGUGCAGGACAAUGGGCCGAUGCUGCAGAAUCAGCACGCUCCGUUUGAAUACCCGAUUCAGAGACUUGAGAACAGAAAUGUCCACCCUUACAGCGAGCCAAUGUUCAACAUUCAACAUCAGGCUAACCAGAGGCUGCAGCAUUUUGACGCCCCGUACCUCAACGUGGCGAAGCGGCCCAGGUUUGACUUUGCCAGUAACCACAGCGUGGACAGUUGUGCGACUUGGAGUGGUAACAGUUUGCAUAACGCGAGUUUGGAAAACCAUUUGUCGCCGUCUGCCUACCCCGGACUGCCCAAUGAGUUUUCGCCCCCUGGCCCAGAAGGCUUCCCCCACGGUCCCCCUCUUCAGCACCCGGGGACCGACCAGCAGUCCUUACAGCAGCGCCAGAACAUGCUGAUAAUGUUUAAGCAAAUGGUGUCGCGGAACCAGCGGCACCGAAUGAGGCAAUCCGAUCUCCAGCAUCUGGGCCACCAUGGAGAUGUCAAUCAAAACAGCAUGGCGCACAACAGCCAAGUGGGAACGCUGUCCCAGCCGAACUUUGAGCGGGAAAGCGGCGGCAGGAUGUCGAAUUUUGAUCCUCAGAACCCACCCAUGGCCCAGGAGAACUCGUGGUUUGCGGGUCCGCACCCUCCUGGGGACCUGCUGCAGAGAAGGCUCGGUGGGUCCGCUGUGGCUACUGACGGCAGCCCCCACGAAUCUGUCCAGAUGAACCUGCCGCAGAAUGGGUCAAAUAUGUUAUUCAGGACAGGUGGGAACGGACUGGGUAUGCAGGAGUCAAUGAGAAUGCCAGGCGAGGGACAUGUACAGGGUUUGCACUCUCCUGGGAUGCACUCUCAGUUUGGCAGCAAUAUGGGCAAUGUCUCUCAAAUGCAGUCCCCCAGUGCGGGCAUCGGCCUGCCUAACACCUCAACCGACAGAAGAGGAGGCCCCGACUUCCCUGGGCCCCAAAUUGGCGGGCAGCCGGGCUUUCCGUUUGGGGGCCCAAGUAGAUCCGCCAAUCCGCACAACAACGCAGCGGGCGUACCUCCAUCCCCCGGCAGUUACCCGGCCCAGAACGAAUUCCAGCCCAACCAGCGCCCCUCCAUGAGCAAGAUCGGCUCCCUGUCCUUGGGCUCCUUCAGUAAGCCGGGUGCUAAGGACAGCACCAUUUAUGGUCAGAGUUGCCUCGCCGCCCUCUCCACUGCCUGCCAGAACAUGAUUGCGAGUCUGGGAGCCCCGAACCUCAAUGUCACAUUCAACAAGAAAAACCAGAACGAAGGGAAACGCAAACUUAGUCAAACCGAGCAGGAUGGUGGGAGCGGAGGCCCGAGCAGCGGUGGUGGGGCCGGUGUUGGGGGCGUCGGUGGCGCCUCCACUGGGAGCUCUGGGAACGGUCCCGAAUACUUCCAGAGCAACACGCCUCAAAGCAACCAGAUGGGGGUAUCCGGUAACGGGAGCGGCAAACUGGCCGCCCCAGCGUCCCAAAACUGCACGCAGGGCCAGAACCAGCCCACACCGCCCGAAUGCAACCUCUCCCCAAACUAUGGGCUGGAGGCCGUUCCAACUGAGAGCAAAGGACAGGCCGGGAGAGGGAGAGGGAGGAGGAAAAGAGACAGUGGCCACGUUAGCCCAGGGAACUUCUUUGACAAGUAUUCAGCGGAGAAUGUGAAUCCAGUGGUCAGUCCCGGGCAACAGGGUCAGUCCUCACUCGGCGGAGAUCGAGGUGGGACCCCGCAGGAUAAGUCCCUCACCUCGCCAUCCUGGGCUAAGGGGAAUGACCUGCUACUCCCAGACCAACCCGACCUCAUGUCUUCCCUGGACAGUGGGAUUCAAAGCGUGACAAAGUCCGACGGCAGUUCACCCCAGGUCGACUUCUCCGACGAUGUCAACAACAAUUAUGCGAACGAGGACGAGGUGUCAUCGAGUUCUGACAACAACCUAUCCAAAUCCACGCGGUUAAUGACCAGUUCCCCCAAACUGCAACGGGUUGAGCACGGCCUGAAACAGAUGGGUCACGCCAUGCUCAAUGCACAUCCCAACAGCAACACUACCUCUAAUGCGGGCGCUGUCGCUGACAGCUUCGGGCUCAGCAGCAGCGGGAGUGGGCACCCGGGCACUCCCGGGAUGGAGCAGGUCCGAACUCCAACCAGCACGUCAGCGCAGGACGAGAUUCACCCGCUGGAAAUCCUGCAAGCACAGAUCCAGCUGCAGCGGCAACAGUUCAGCAUAUCCGAAGACCAGCCCCUCGCAAUGAAGAACAAAAAGGUCGAGUGCCCCGGUCAGAACGGGGACACAGAACUGGCCGCUUGCGGCACGGACAAUGGCAAAGCUGCCAUCAGCACGAUAGACAUUGAGUCACUGAUGGCAGAGCAUAACUCUACCUGGUACAUGCCUAGCGACAAGGCCAUGAUGGAUCCACAGGAUGAAGACAAGCAAAUGGCACCUUGGGAAAAGGCCAAACCCGCAAGUUCCAACAAAGAAGCCCACGAGCUUUCCCAGAACAAGGCUUCAUCAGUCCAGGCUGGCACCCACUUGCAGUGCCUGUCAGUUCACUGCACAGACGACCUUACUGACUCUAAGGGCCGGAGCCCUAUGCAAACUUGGAGAUCUUUGCAUUCGGACAUCUCUAAUCGAUUUGGGACAUUCGUGGCUGCUUUGACCUGAACAGAGAUGAAUUUUCUUUUGAUUUCUCUUGUUGUUUUUUUUAAAAAAAAUCGUUUCCCUCCUUUUGGCUGCUGCAGUGCGACAGACAGACAGGACAUCAAAACAGAUAAAAUAGUUACAAAAGGAUCUGGGUUCCCUUGCUGGCACUUCGGUUCAUGACCCGCAACAUUGGCUGGGUGGCCUGGAAAGGGUUAAUUCCGAGCCCACGUCACCCUGGUUUUGGCCGCCGUUGCUAGCUUGAUACCAGGCCUGUUGGAUUGCUCAGUAAAUGAUGCAGCGGCCAGUCCCAAGCUGAGCUGAACAAAAUGCUUGUGUUUGGAAUUGUACGACAUUCUUCUCAGUGGAUUCCUUGCACUUAUAACCUGAUUUCUCCCCCCCGCGCCAGGCACCUGCCCCCUAGGCAGCAACAAAGCAUUGAUGGCAAUAUUCCUCUCGGUCCUCUUCAUCAGGAGUCUAAAGUCCGUGAUAUGCAACCUGCAAAAUCCGUCAGCUCAGACGGAGUUGUCACCUUCAGCCAAAGUCAUGUGGGGAACAGGAGGGGUGAAGGUGAGGGGCUGGGAUUGUGGCUUGAGGUCCAGAGGUUUCCUUUGCUGAUGUGAUGGUUUGUUUAUAUCCUCAGACAAUAAUGGUUCAAUGGUGAAGAGACACAGAAAAUCUGGGGGAAUAGAUAUUCAUGUGUUUUAAUAAACUAUUAGAAAUUGCUAAUGUUUGGACCGUAAAAUAAAAUCGAAACAGGUAGCAAAACGGUGCUGGAGUCAAUAUAUUCCACCAGGUUAUAUUCAGCUGUAGAGGUCCUGGGCCAAUCCGAGCUCAAUAUGUUAAACCUUCUGCAGAAAAAAAAAGUACAUUAAAGAAAAAAAUACGCACAAAAUCGUCAGUUGCUUCCCAUGACCUGUGUAGUUUUUGAAAAUGUUUCUUUCACUUGGAGGAUGUUUUAAAGUUGUUCUUCCAGGCAGCAAAAAUCAGUGAUCAGAACAUUAAAGGUGAAAAGCAGAGUGGAAUAUCCCCUGCCUUGGCCUGCACGCUAUCACUGGCAUUCAACACUCCAUAACCAUUUCAGCCCAAGGCACAUCGGGCAUUGUGUAAAGGGGCAGAGGCAGGCAUCUGGAGUUGGAACACUGAUCUCAGUGAAAGGUGCUAUGGGUGCAGUCGUCUGUCUUUUCCUACACCCUAACAGUUUUAUAAGGAACCAGAGAUACAUCAGGGUAUGGAGGAGGAAGAGGGCCAUGAUGCACGGCAAAGCCGACAGUAUAGGACUCUCCCCUCCUACCUGCCCCGUCUUCAUGUUCUCUUUUACAUUUCACAAACGAGCGACUGAAAGUCCCACUAGCAGCUCUGAGGGUUCUGUGCGUCAGUUGUUAGAGCCUAGGUGUUCCUCCCUCUGGCUUUAUGCAGAGGGUCUGUCCAUGCGGAGGAGGUUAGCGUCCAAGAGAAUAUAAAUCCUCUGGGUGGCUGCCGCCAAGGAUGGCAGCCCAGACUCCGUAUCCCUCUCACCAAGUUGAAAGAGAUCAAGGAAGGUGAGGACUGAGAGCCUUAUGGUGCUUUUGCCUGUGAGGGAAAUAGGUUGUAUCCUUUAUUCAGUGCCUUGUCAGAUACAAAAGAGGAACCAUAAAGGUAGCAGUGGACACGUUAACUACAAUCUGAUAAUUAUACUUGCUGAUGAGUACCAAGUAUUCCUUCCAAAUGUCCACUAUCCCUAAUACCAACAGUUCCCAAGUUUCCAAUUCAGUGCUCGUUUGAGCCUCAUGUUUGAUGAGUGAAGCCAGCUGGCUUGAUACCGUUCACAGUUUGACAGUGUUCACCUUGUGGUGCAAUUGCCAUUAAAAGAGGCUUGCCCACGUCUGUCCUGCCCGGAAUUCAUCCAUUGUAGGUGACCAUUUGAAACUGACAGUUCGAUCCUCCCUACAGCCAGAAAACCACUUUACAUAAGCCCCAUCAUCCCUGCUGGGGCAUAGGCUGCUGACAAUAGUAGAGUCCCCUGUCCUGGGCCAAUCUUUCACGUUAACCCCAGCAGGCCCAUCUUGGUGUAUCCAUCUCCUCCCAGGAGGUUUUUGGAGUUUUUGUUGGCGUUUCUAGAGCACUGGGUUUUUUUUUAUGGGAUGGGGUUACUAGUCCCAUGCCCAACCCUUCUGCAUUCACGUCGUAGAAAGCAUGUUAAAACUGGAACACCAGACAAUGCUCAGGGAGGAUUGUCCGAGGGAGAGAACUGAAUUUCUAAUGGACACUAAAUGAGUGGGUUGAACGUGCUGAGCCCCACAGUCCCAGCAGGCUGGUUCCUCUUGUCAAAGUGUCCUGAGAUGGCUGUGGCCAGCUGGGAGCAAUACUGUCCUCAGUGAGCUGCUGAUGAGAAGGGGGAGAGUUCCCUGUUUUGAUUCCCUGCCAGGGAAUGCGUGUGCACGCAUUGGCUGAAGCCGGGAACGUACUUAAUUGUUUUCCUUUAUGAUCUGGUGUGAGAUGAUGUACAGAGUAAUAGGUGCAGCAACAAGGGUUUUAUAGGACUUCCUGGUUGCAGAAGAGAACGCUGGGGGAAGACCCUGCUGCCUGUCCACAGUUAAGUUAGCUGGGUGCGUGGCAGGGUAGUGGAUAUGCCACACUGUGUGCCAUGUGACCCGGCUCUGGCAGGACAUUCUCCCAUAGUUGCCCUUCUCUGAGUAACUGUGGGAGAGUACCCUGCCUCAGUGACGGCUGGCAAUCCUCCCCCUCACGGCACUGACUUCUUGGAAUAUAGGCGUCUGAGUGGAGGAGGUUCGCUUGAGUUUGCCAACACUACGUAUGUGUGAGAACAGUGACUUUGAUGUUUGUCGAGCUUGGCAAUCAAUCAACUUCAAACACCUCAACCCGAGCUACCAACAUUCAUCACCAUCCCAGAGCACCAACUCUCCUCUGCACAGUCUGUUCCACAGACUGCAGUGAAACAUGGUGAACUGAAUCACGUUGGACCAAGCCAAAACAACCACCCCUCAUCCCCAAACCUGCAGGCUGGUGUAACCUUAUGCACAAGGUGUGGGUCACAGGUGAGUUAUUCCUCCAUAAGACAAAAAUCAGACAGCAAGUGGAAAGAGAUUUCAUUUAGGAUCUAUUCCAACUUCCAAUCUGACCGAUUAUUUAUCAGGAAAAGACCUUAGAAAACAAUGCAAUCUUUUGGUAUACUGAACAUUUAACCAAUUGUUCCCAUGGAGAGGAUAAUGACAAUGAAUCACAACAGGAAGCUAAGAACAGUUCUGUUGCUCAAAGUAAGAUUCCAGUGACUGGGUAAUUCAAUUUGAGGUAGGUUUCUUUUAAUCUAAAGGCAUUGAUUUUUUUUAGUUUAUAAUUUCUAUUUACCCUCCAGCAAUCUGUUAACAUUCAGUUCAAUAUUCAUUGUUUGGCACCUGCCUAAAACAGCAGCAUCAUAAAUUAAACAAGGAAUAGCCAAAAUGCUCAUCAGGUCAAGGAGCGUCUGUGAAGAAAGUCCAACUUCCUGACCUGCUGAGAGUGUCUAACAUCUUUUGUUUAAUGCAAUAAUUUCAGGUUUCUUGCAUUUUCUUCCUUAAACUUUCUUUGAAGGCUAAAAAGCGAUCAUAUGGGCUGUUUGGUAGAGGUCCGGUCGUGAUCAAUUUUCAAAAUACUGGUAGGGACCCCAGCCAAUUGUGAUGUACUUCCAUCUUCUAUUUUGAAGACAUUUGUACUCAGACCUGAGUUAUUUCCUACAUUUUAUCUGAAGAUAAAACAAUGCAGUUAGGAAACGGGUUCCCAAUGGCCUGCUAGGGAAGGCAUUCAUUUGAAAUGUUAUGCAGCUCAGCUCUAUGAAUUGUUUUGGUCUCCCUGUUGUCAGGGAUGUCCUUUGAUCUUCAAACCCAUUUUGAGCAAUGUGCAAAGAGACUUUGUAUUAGGACUGACUUUCCAUCGGCUUUAAUUGCUGUCUUAAAUAAGCCAUGCAGAACACUUCUUUAAUGGUGAUGGUCGAUGGUUACUUGUGAAACAAUCUUACGGUCCCAGUGGUGUUGUGGAACAGCCAACACACCAUUGUCUUUUCAAGUGGGCACUGCAAUACCUGGUCACAACGUAAUGAAAUUUGGAGGAAUAUAUCCAGUUUCUACUCUAUAUUAGCAUCAUGGUGGACUAAGUGACAGUGUCUCCCAAUCACCUUUCCUGGCAGACCCACCCUUUCUUGCAGAGUGCUGUGUUAAUUUUGCUGAAAAUUGUAGACAGAGGAUGGGGCUCUGAGGCUUGUCUUCCAGCUUAGCAUAAUAACUUAUUACUGCCCAUUACACUGCUGGCAUUUAGGGUAGCAAUGAAGGCCCUCCCAUGUCUGUCCUUGGCCACACAGCUGUAGAAAGAUUCUUCAUUGCUGUUUCUGUAACAGUUUUGUUUUACCAGUCAGGGUUGAACCCCUGAACUGAACCCUUAAACCUGAAGGAUCAGUGGACCACUCUAGUCUGUCCUCUACCCUUGACUUGUUUGGCAUGGGUGCCCUACCAAGAGCCAAAGGCCCUGACUCCAGCCAACAUAGCUCUCCAAGUCAUUCAGGCAGUCAGGCCUCCAAACCCUAUGACAAGGACAGCAUGAUAAAGGCACUUGUUAACCUCCCUGCUGACAUUCAGUUCUACAGUCAUUGCAAUAUUGACUAUUCAUAUCAACACCCAAGAGUCUUCAGGAGGCUGCCCCACUACGUCCCAGACAGCUGAUACAAAAUCAGUCUCUUCCUAUUCCAUGGCAUACCUGUUGACCCAUACGUCUUAACUCUAUGCAAACUUGCGUCCAAAAUCGCACACUUUUGGUCACUUCUAUUAAAACUGUUCAGCACUAUAAAGUAACUAUUCGGCAAAAUAUUACAUCUAAUUAUGAAAUUGAAGGUUCCUCAGCUCACACUAGCUGGGGUGGCAUAGUGGUUAGCACAACCCUUUACAGUACAGGCAACCCAGGUUCAAUUCCUGCCACUGCCUAUAAGGAGUUUGUACUUCCUCUCCAUGACCGCGUGUGUUUCCUCCCACAGUCCAAAGACGUACCGGUUGAUAGAUGAAUUGGUCAUUGUAAAUUGUACUGUGAUUAGGCUAGGGUUAAAUCGGGGGAAUUGCUGAGCGGCGUGGCUCGAAGGGCUUUAAGUCCUGGUCCGCAUUGUAUCUUAAUAAAUAAAUAUCUGAAGUUGUUUUGUUGAUUAAUAAAUCAGAUUCUUUCAUGAAAAUUUGCAAAUGGAACAUGGGCUCUGUUCUGCUCACAGCUUACUGGCUCCGUUAAGCGUGAAGGAGUUUCACUCCAUUGUGGAGUCUAUCGCCAUGGCUGAGCUGCCUUGCUUUGUUUCUGGUGCAUGGAACUGCAGAGAAUCAUUGAGUGCGACUGGUGACGAAUACCAAGUGUUAUGUUACCUGUUGUACAACCCAGUUGAAACACACGCUUCUUCACACAGUCAUUAAGGACAAUCAUUCCACACUUGACACCUUCCAGUGUGGUCCAAUUCCUUAAGUUAACAAUAUAAUCAUUGCUGUAAUUUGUACCACACACUUCCCUGCCAGUACCUUUGUUCGAUCUGUAAGUGGUGUUAAAUGGUGUCUAGCUCAGAUGCUACCCAGCAUUCCGCACACAGUUGCUUGACGUUUAGUAAUGACUGGAUAUUUCACUGCCUCUGAGAGCUUUAUGAUGGUAGUUUGAAGUGUUCUGGUCACAUGUACAUGUUAUGUCAGUAAAGUAUUGAAUAAUCCAUCACAAUCCUUCAGCCCCCUCUCUUUUCCACUGGCACUAAUUUAUUGAUAACUCGUUUCAGCAGAGUAAAAUUCAAAAUGUUCUUUAGCACAUUUUUCACCUUGUUUUUUAAUUGCACUUCUAAAUACCGCAUCAUUUCACCCCACCCCUCUUGCCUGAUCUCAUCAAUCUCUGGCACCCCUAUCUGCCAGCCUCUAUUCUUACCCAGUAUCAGUGAUUAACACCUCUGCCACUAAUUACCCAUCCACAGUGACUCUCUGUAAUUUAGCCUUGACACCUCAUUUCCCUCGUUCAAGCCUCUUAAAUUCUUCCUGUUUGUGUUUCAAUAAAACCUCCUCCCUGGGGCACCACCUCUGCCACAUCAGCUGUCCCUCACAGUGUAAAGUGCACGUUGUUAUAAAUUCAUACUCCUCUUCUUUGGGACAACAAACCUUGAGGUCACUCUGCCAACGUCACGAUUAGCAUUUUGCUUUCAGUGCAAGCCACAGAUCUGAGACCCGUCAUUGUUAAUGCUGAGACUGCCCAGGUCGUCUUGUUGUUUAAUGCCUGUCACUCUGGGCUGGGAUCCAAACUGAGUAGGGAGGCGAAAGGACAGAUUGUGCAAUCCACCGCGCAGAGCCGACUGUCGCCAGGGAGAGAUCUUCCUCCUCUCUCUCUGGGCUGGAUCCCCAUGCAAAGAACAACACACAUUUCGGGCACCGAAACGAACAAGCACCACCCUCCUGGCAUUAAAUUACUGUGUGAGAAUCGGGGAUAUGAUUCGACCAUAUUAUAUUAUGAUUGUGACUGACUUUAACUAUUCUCUGGUUUAAAAAUGUGUAUUGGGAGAGCAGGGAAAAGAAUAGCCUGUGCAUCGAAUUAUUGCAGGGUCACGGUCAAAUUUUCUUCAAAUACCAGGGUGAGAUAGGACACACCCCCGCCCUCCCCUCAACUUCAGAUCUAGCUGCAGAUGUAACAAUAUGAACUGAUAACUGCGAUAACUUCUUGCUGUUUGGUUUGACAAAUCCUGUUAUUGACAUUUUGAAAUUUGGAGUUUUUGUUUGACUCUUGUCUCUUACACAAUGCUGCUUUAGUCCCUGUUGACUGACUCCAGCAGUUCCCACGGGUUUUCUGAGUGUUUUGUCUCGUUCAGUGCAACAGGACUUAGUUCUGGAAACAGGAAGAAUAUAAAGAUAUGGACUAUGUACUGUAGGUGUGUUCACCUGUCUGUACUCAUACCUAAUGUAUACAUAUGUUUUAAUGAGACACAAGACAAUGAAUAAAAUAUAAUGCAAGUGAUAACUCUUGUCUGCUCCUCUCGCAUCUUUCUUUAUUUGACACCCCUGGAAACUGAGCUGCUGUGAACCUAUUGCUGGCUGAUUUAAAACAAAUGGCAGCUCCUUCACUGGGUCAGAGUCAGAAUCUGGUUUAAUGUCACCAGCAUAUGUUGUGAAAUUUGUUAA